GGCAGGGGGCGGGGCUUCCUGCGGGCGGCGGGGCGGGGUGACACCUGCCCCCACACGGCCUCGGGCGGCGGCCCGCGUGCGCCAGGAUGGCUUCAAGAACCACUGCACCUCGCUCCUGUGACACAUUUGUGGCGCUGCCUCCAGCAACAGUUGGCAGCCGGGUUGUUUUUGGAAAAAAUUCAGAUAGACCCUCUGAUGAAGUGCAAGAAGUAGUCUAUUUCCCUGCUGCUUCUCAUAAGGCAGGAGACAAGCUUGAGUGCACUUAUAUAGAAAUUGAGCAAGCAGAAAAAACAUAUGCAGUUGUUUUGAGUCGUCCAUCCUGGAUAUGGGGUGCUGAAAUGGGAGCCAAUGAACAUGGAGUUUGCAUUGGAAAUGAAGCGGUGUGGGGACGAGAAGAAGUCUGUGAUAAUGAAGCACUCCUAGGCAUGGACCUUCUCAGACUUGGACUCGAAAGAGCGGAUACAGCUGAAAAUGCCCUCACUGUCAUGGUUGACUUGCUAGAAAAAUAUGGACAAGGAGGAAACUGUAUGGAGAGUCACAUGGCAUUUACCUACCAUAACAGUUUUCUGAUAGCUGAUAGAAAGGAGGCUUGGGUACUAGAGACUUCAGGAAAAUACUGGGCAGCAGAGAAAAUAGAAGAGGGUGUGCGGAAUAUCUCCAACCAGCUCUCCAUAACAACCAAGAUUGAUCGGGAACAUCCUGAAAUGAGAGAUUACGCUAAGAGCAAAGGCUGGUGGGAUGGUGAAAAAGAAUUUGAUUUUGCUGCCAUAUAUUCCUACGUAAAUACUGCCAGAAUGACAACUUCAAGGGGCAGAUACUCUGAAGGCUAUAAGCUACUGAAUAAACACAAAGGCAGUAUAACUUCUGAAACAAUGAUGGAAAUUCUUCGGGAUAAAGAGAGUGGCAUUAAUAUGGAAGGAGGAUUUAUGACAACUGGAAGUAUGGUCUCCAUUCUACCUCAGGAGCCUAAUUUCCCUUGUAUUCAUUUCUUUACAGGAACUCCAGACCCUGACAGAUCUGUUUUUAAGCCUUUUAUUUUUGUGCCAAAUAUUACUCAGUUACUAAAAACCAGCUCACCAACAUUUGGUCAUGAUGAUCCAGUGAAGAAGAAACCACGGUUUCUGACUAAGCCAGAUCGAAGACAUGAACUCUAUAAGCAACAUGAAAGUGCUGCUGUGGUUAUGGAAACCUUCAAGGAAAAAGGUAAAGAGAUGCUGGAACAGAUACGGAAGUUGGAGAAAGAGAAAAUUAGCAAGAUGGAAUCAAUCCUGCAAAAUGGAUGUCUUGAUGUUAACCAAGCUGUUAACCUUUUUUCACAGUGUGUGGAAGAGGAAAUCAACACAUAUGCCUAAGAGUAUAAAUCAAAUGCAGUGGAAUUUGGUCCUGGUGAUCAUGAUCCCUUGUAGCUGUAUGGCUCUAGCGAUCAAAUCUUAUUUUGGACAAGUCAUUUUCCAUUGAUGAUUAGGUGUUUAGCAUCUUAUAUAUGCUGGCCUACGGGCUUUUGAUAAUGAUCAAACAAGUAAUGUUUUCAAAGGUAGGGAAUAGUUUUGCCUUUAAAUGACACUUGGCUGUAGAUAAAGAAUAUGACAACUAGGUGAAAUGCCAGUAAGAACCAACUUGAUUAACAAAUAAAUAUUAAAAUGCCUAGUA